GAAUCUUGAAAGGAUCGUUUUCUGUUGCAAAGACACCGGUAUAAAAGGGAGAACGGGCAUGUAGCGCAUUCCCACUCCAAAGCUUUGGGAGGAUUCCGGGGAAUAUUACACUGCAACGGCACUGCAGUCUUUUGGAUGGACUCCGCCCUGUGUUUGUCGUCGGCUACAGACUUAAUAAGCAAGGUUUUUAUCAUGAUUUUGCCAACAGUAACACGAAGGGAUUGACGGAGAUGUUUUUCCAUCAGAACAGAAGUCAAGGAAUAAUCCUCUGUUGAGUUGGGUUUCUUUUUUAGGACAGAAAGAUGGUGAAACGAAAGAAGUCCGGCGAAGAUCCCAAAGAUCUGGCAAGGCAGAUUCCACUGCCUAUUCAGAUAUUUCUGUGGAGGCAAACGAGCCCUUUUAUCCGGCCCAAGUUAACAAGAAUCUACGAGGCCAGCUGUGUGUCUUUUGAGCGAGUUCUUGUGGAAAACAAAGUGCACGGCCUGUCGCCAAGUCUCUCUGAUGCCAUAGCCAGUAUUCCAAGAUGGCAGCUUAUACAGGCGGCCCUUCCCCACCUGAUGCAUUGCUGCGCAGCUCUUCUCACCAACCGAGCCAAGUUAGGGCACGCGGACAAGCUAGGAGUCGGGGAAACCAAGCUCCUGUACACCUUGCACUGGGUUCUCCUGGAUGCUCCAGAUGAGUGUGCCCAAGAACCAAUUAAUGAGGAUAACCAGAGUGACACCAGCAGCCACCUAGCUCUUGAGCACCCGCUUACCACAUUGCAGCUGUUCGUGUACCUCUUUGCUCCACUGGUUUACAGCAUCAAGGAAUCGGACCUGACUUUCAGGUUGGAGAGUGGAGUGAAGCUCUGGCGUGCCUUGUGGGACCACAAGCAACCUGAUAUACAGAGCAUGUCAGGAUUGGUGAAGCCGAGGCGCAUUAUCAGGGUGGGCAGAAGGCAUCAUCCAAAGAAAGUGAGUCCUGUUAUGAACAAGGUGGCACCAAAGCUAGAGAAUAAGAUUGAUGAGGUUGAGGAAAAGAAAGAGGAAGUUAUUGAAGAGGUCAAGGAAGAGAAGAAAGAUGAAGAGAAGGAACAUGUUGAGGAGAAAAAGGAGGAACCGAAGGAAGAGCAGCAACGUCCGAUAGUUCCUUUAGCAGACAUUUCAGAAGUGAGCCGAUUAAGCACUCCUGCUGAUGUGCCUUCUGUAAGCUUGGAGAUAUUCUGUGAGAUGUGCAACACUCCUGUCACCGGAAACCAGGCUUGUAGCUGCGGGAAUCUCAAGGUAUCUUCAGGAUUUAAUUAUGCCCAGCUUCAAGAUGGUCUCCGUGCCAUGCAAAAUAGAAAGGACUCAGAACCUAAUAUUCAAAUGAAGAUGGCUCCGAAGUGUACUCCGGUAGAUUUCACACCACCGCCAACAAGAAAGUCACGGCCACAGUCUCUUGAAUUGUCAGGAAGCAACAGCAGCAGCAGAAUUGAAGAUGAAACUUAUGAUGAUCCUUCAAAAGGAGUGUUUCCUUCCCCUCCUUCUCCGCCUCCUGACAUGCCCAGACGGCGGUUUCCUCAGAGACUUAAUGAUGUGUGCUCUGCGACGCUCUUUGAUGUUGCUGUUCUCCGAUGUCUUUUCAGCCCUCAUUGGUCAGAAGAUGGGGUCCAUUGGGCUCUCACAUACAUCCUGACAAGGUUGCGACAGAUAGCUGAUGAGACCAUCGCUGCAGAAAGGGUACGGCAAAGGAGUAAUUCCUCUCCAAUACCACAGAUUACUGUGUCACUUUUCAACCCAGCCCCAGGUCCUCCACCUAAGAAAUUCUCUGUGCCAGCUGCUUACAUGGGAUCAACCCUUGGUCAAGGAUACAGGGUUUCUGAAGCGCGUCCUAGAGAAGCUCAUCCCUUUCAAGGUUCACCUAAGAAGAUUAAGUUAGAGGAGCAGUGUCCACCUACAAAUCCUCCACCCAAGAGGAACAUUCUAGAUAGAAAGAAUUCCCUGGAAAGAAAAAACAGUGGUGAAAGAAAAGGGCCCCAUGACAUGAUCCGUGCUGGAAAGUACAGGAAGGUUGCCAGACCCUCAAAAGCUGGUAGUGCUCUUGUGCCCAAAUUAGAAGAAAUAGAGGAGGUCAAGAUGAGCAAUUCCAGUGAUGAUUCAAAGCAUGAGGAAAGUACAGGUGAUACCAAACCUCUCAUUCCGUCCCCUGAUGAAGUAGUCAAGAAUCCUAGCUUUACCAUUCCUAGAAGAGAACCACUUGAGUUCAAAAUUAAAGUCAUCCACCUGAAAACUCUUCCUUCAUUGUUGAAGGUGGGUGAACAUAACCAAGACAAUUCCCCAAACUGCAAUUCAAAUGAGAAUGAACUGACAGAAUCCUUGCUCAAGCCUCUGCAAAGUAACAUUGCAUUCACAGCUUCUGCUGCAACUCUGGAUAUUACCAAACCUCUUGAACUUCCUGCAAAACAAACUCUGGCAAAUUCUCCUACAAUGCUGACAGCCAGCUAUGAUAGGCAGCGAACGUCGGUCUUGCCACCUCCAUCAUCAUCUCCAGGGAUCAACUCUUUACCAAAUCCUACCCUCAAAGCUCCUGUAAUGGUGUCCAAUCCUAGAUCCAAGGCAUCGGCACUGCCUCGGUCUCCUUCUCCAAGGUUUGUGACAACCGUCACACCUGGAUCUCCCUCCUCCUCUCCUUUACCACCAGCUCCUGCUGGACAUGGAUCAGCCCCAGCUGUUCAUGCCAAGAGGUUGAUCAAAGAAGCAGGUGGCAUUCAGGACCGGAAACCAAUGCAGCUACAUGGACCAAAUGCACAAGUUUUGCAAGUUCCGGACUGGAACAGUGCCGAUUUAGAACCACAAAUGGCCACCAUUAUAGAGCCACCAAAGAGACUGUCUAAUGGAACAAUGAUUCAGUCGGACUGUGAAACCAAAACCCUGCCAAAGUUGACUAUUCCUCCUCUUCCAUUAUCACCAAGUGCAAAGCCACCUCCUUUACCAUUGACAGGGCCCCCUCCAAUCACCCCUCCUCCGUUUUGCUCACCUCCUAAGCUAUCCCCACCCAAAAGGGAGCAACCAAAGCUUGUUAAAGCAGUAGUCAUUCAGGAUGAAAUGGAGGAUUUGAGUGACUGGGAGAUGACAACGACCCACAACAACAACAAUAAUCCACACUCUAACCCUGAUUACCCGCCACCGUCUGAUGAUGAUCAUGACAUUGAGGAACCGACGGAAACGUGUGCCUUGUUGGUGCCCCCGCCGAGGGACACCACCAAGAAUCCAUUUAAACCUGCUGACAACUGCCCAUCUUCAGGAAGCGAAUGCCAAGGAAGCCAGAAGACCUCUCUGAACAUCCCUGCAUCCAUGUUGCCCCGUAGCGCAUCUGAUACCUUUGUGAACUACACAACACAGGAAGAGCAGGAAGUGGCUGAGGCACCAGGAUCGACUUACUAUAUCCAGGAAAAUGGGCACCUGAAUUUCUCGGUGAUAGUGAAAGCCCUUCAUACGAUUGUUACCAAAGAGACCAGUGCCCGUGUUUGCGACGUGGCCCUGAACAUCAUCGACACCCUCUUGGAGUUCAGCGUCAUCAAGAAAGGUGAAAGAUCCAGUCCGCAACAGCCCAAGAUACCCGUGAUCAAGGUAGAAGGCGAGAAGGUUAAGACAGGUGUCAAGGACGGGGAUGCUGAAGCCGCUGCUAAAGGGAUGGAAGACAUGACGGUCCACAACCUGGUGAUGCAGACCCUCAUCCAGGUCUUCAGGGCAUUUGGAUGUCAGCAUGGAUGUGGCGAAGGGGUCAGGGGUCAACAAGGUGAUCGGCUCCGGAAUCUUGGGCAGCACUGCCUGAACCGGAUGUACAAGAUAGAUUCUUCUCAGUUCCGACGGUACCUUCGUUACAUCAUCUCGGCCCACCCGCUGGAGAGUAUACUGGACUUCAUGCACGCACUGCUGGGCUUCUGCGAGGACACAUCACGACCGGCAAUCAUUCGACUGGGAGAGAGGGCAUCAUCUGCCAAUAAUCCGGAGGGAAUGACCAGGGGCGGCUUUGCUACCAACUUUGGUAGUGGGGUAGCAGGAACCGGUGUUAGGGGUGUAGAAGGGACCAUCGUGGGGUGCAUCUUCAAGGCUCUGGUGUCUCGGCUGGCAUCCUCCAAAGAAGAACUGGCUACUCCCGAAAAUGAGAACCUGUAUAGUGAUGUCCGUCAGUUGCUUCAUUAUGUUCGUGAGGCUCAUGGAGGGGUGUUCAGACGUGUUGCGUUGAGUGGAUUGAUCGAUUCAGCUGGAAAGGGGCAGAAGGAUUUCAGCGAGAAAAAUAAACCCAAAACAGACAGUGAUGGCAACAUCUGUAAACAGGACAGCGACAAGGCCAACCCGGCGUCCAUGAUCGGUAAAGACCAGGGGAUGGAAUCUGGUAACGUCAGUCCAGGUACACGACUCCGACGGUCGCUUUUCGGCAAGAAGUACCCCCACAACGAAUCCACCUUGGAUGACGAUAUGGGGGACGGGGCUGGAAAGCGGCGCUUCAGUGUCUUCCAGUUUGGUAACGUACAUGGCGUACGAUCACGAGCGUAUCUCAAAGCCCAAGCAGUGACAACCUGGCGUAACAGGGCCAUCCGGUCAAGCAUCAUACCCGGGGAGGAAGGCUCGCCAGAGCUGUCGACACCCCAACCCCAGGACACGCCGGGCAGGACCAAAAAAGAGGCCCAUGGAAACAUCCACAUGGGAGGAAGGAAGAAGAUGGAGGAUCAUCCGUUCUUUAUCAAGUUCAGGAAGAAGAGCAAGAGAGAUCCAACGUCCGAGGACAGAGAUGAAUGCGAGACCCCAAAAUCAAUAGAAGAAGAGGAGGAUGCCUCUGAUUCCGUUGACAUGACGGGAGAGAGGGAGAAAAGACCGGUCAAUAAGGUAGCCGUUGCCUCUGGGAUGAAGCGUCUGACCUUCCUCAUGGAUUGCUGUAACCCUGGCAACGUUCCUGAUGCCGAGUUCCUGGCUGCUGCUCUAGAUCUGCAUGCACCAGUGGUCGCGCGGGCAGCUCUGUUCUUGGAAUGCUGCCACUUUGUGCAUCGAUGUAACUAUGGCGACUGGCCCGAUUGGAUGCGCUUCAAUGUGCGAGGAGCCAGGGGGCGGGGCCUGAGCAAUGUGUUUGGUGCUAGGGGGACGUCUUCCUGCUACCGUAAACACGCCUCCCUGCAGAGGACAGCGGCGAAGAUGUUCUACUUGUGGGCUGAGGCUAUUGGGACUCGUCUGGAGGAGAUCGAGAAGCAAGAAUCUCAGAAUGUCCUCCAUGUGGUUGGGAAGGUGAGAGACGAAGGACUCAAGAAGAGACUACGAAGAGAAGAUGACGAAGAGGACUUUCUAGAUGAAGCCACCGUCAACCCUGUCGGAACGGCCUGUCCUCAUGCUCUUAAGAUGGUCGCCUGCCAGCUCCUCCUGGAAAUCACUUCCUUCCUUAGGGAGACACUUCAGAGCCUUCCCAAGCCCCGGAAGAUGGACCGCGGAGGCCUGAGCGGGAUGAACAGAGGUGCGAGAGACUCUGAGUUCCUGGAGAUACCAACGGUAACCAUGGCCCCCGCAUCGCCUCAGCCACCGACUAGGAAUGCCAGUGGGUCCAGCACGACGUCCAGUCCCCCGCAUCCCAGGCAUAGCAUAUGCGUCAAUCCGAGCGUUGAUAGCCCACUUGCAUGGGGAAGUGAGAGGAAGAUCAGCUUUGCUCUCGGAGGGAUCGAGAAGAUAGGAGAGAGGGAGAAAGAGAGAGGUGGAGGGGAUGAUGACUCACAACACAGCAGUAACACGGAGCUCAACAAUGUGGAACAAGAGGAAAGAAGAGUUGGCAUGCAGGCCAGGAAACCAAGCAGGGGUGGUCUCCUCCGACGUCACGGGGUCACGACCUCGCCAAUGGGAAGGGAUACAACCGCCAGACCUACGGGAAGGCUUCGUAGCAGCAGCAGACCAGAUACUUUACACGGUUUAGCACGAUCUGGAUCCAUCAAGGGGCGUAAGGUAUCGUCCAUCUCUAUCGAUGAGGACUCUACCGGUGAGACAAGCAGUGUGUUCAGUGACCAAGUCAGCCCUCAAGAACAGGAUCUCUCGGAGGUGGUUUCGACCCCUGAUGGGGGCGGGCUGGAGGACAUAGACUUUACCAAGAACAUGCCCUGGAUACCGGUUGUUGUGGAGAUUGCCAGUAAGAGUAACUUCCUCUGUCAACACAAGCGCAGCUGCCACCCCAACUGCCUCGAGCGCCAGAAGCGUAACUGCUACCGGCUGAUGAAGGCGGUGAGGGCGGUCUACGGGGAGGAGAUGUUUCCGAAGGUCAGGGACGAGGAGUUGGAGGAGAAAGUCAGACGAUUUGAAGCAAAAACAAAACGAAAGGAAAGCACCCAGGGUCACUCGACCCUGCGUAGUUUCCGGGAGUUGAGAAGGGAGAGCACCUCUUCCACGCUGGAUCGUCAGGUCAGCAUGUUCCGUCACAACACUACCAGUCGUACCAACUCGGCCGUUGCCAACUCCGCCAUGACCCUGCCCUUUGACCUGGAACGACCUCAUGUGGAGGACACGCCCAUCAUGAAGUAUCUCAAAGUGCAGGCCAUGGACCUGUAUCACGCCCCUCUCUCUUUGCUUGCCAAAGCUGCUCCUAUCCUUGGUGAGGAGCUCUAUGAUAACAUCUUACCCCUGGCUUGGGAGCUUCUUCUGGAUACCAGUCAGCAAUUAGCAGGAUCGGCUGCUGCAUUGGUGCUCAUCUGUGCGGUCAAGAUUCCCGAGACGGUCAACCAAUUGAUCGCAGGGGAGAUGCACCACACCGACGCUGGCCAGAGAGUCGAGGCAAUCCAACGAUUUGGUGUUCUUUGGAGGUUCCGUCACCAGGUUUGGCCCCGGAUGGAAGAUAAAGCAUCCAUUUUGUUCAAGGUGCCUCCACCAAGCAUAGAUUUCACCGUACCCUCACCGACCAUUGGAGUAUCUAACGUCCCGGUCCUUGAUCCGCCAUGGAUGCCUGUAGCUCACUCUGAACUGGAAGAAAAGGUCUCUACCGAGCAGGAAAGCCGCUCAUUUGCUGCAGUGGCCGUCUCCCGCACAAUCCAACACAGGGAGCACGUUCGGAAAACGCUUCUACGAGAGCAAGAAAAGAAACGCAAGGCUCGCGAGACGUUCCAUCUCAUCAACGUCCCGGUCAUACAGCAGGCCGCUUACGAGCCUUCGCACCACGUGACGUCAGACGACGAAGAUGAUACACCGGGGCCCGUGUGCGUGUCGGUCGGCCCUCGUCGCAUUUCCAUCGCCCCGCCAGCACAGCAGGCCGCGGCCAACCUGAAUCGUGGCAGGAAUCUGUCGAUACGCCGGGCAUCCCUCUGGUCUGGUGGUACUCUAUCAGCAAGCACAGCGGAGGACGAGACCAUGGUGACGGAGAGAGCUCAUCACACACCGCCAACGUUCGGUGUUUUCUUCCCAUCAUCCAUCUGUUCAUCCAUGGUGCAUCUGACCGCUCUACUGGACGAUGCUGAGGUCAAUCUAGAGGGCGUUUCAGUUGGUGAAGUUGCUCACAAGAUCAUAUGGACAUGCCUGGUCGAGGAACCUGCUCUCAUCCUAAGAUACAUCCUAGAGAAGAUUACAGCUAAGGAUAAACAGGAGGAGUUGAUACUGCUAAUGAAGAAGCUGUUUAGUCACACCGAUGAGAUCCCUGCACAGGCUGCUCAUACACUCUUCAAUUAUCUGAUCGGAUUUAUCAUCUAUCACUGCCGUGCACCACACGAGGGUGCCAAUGAAGCCAUUGCCAACACGCUAACAGUCAUCUGGCAUAUUCUACCUUAUGUGUCGGGUGUGUCUUUCAAAGACCUCAAACAAACUCUGAAGAAAGAACAGUGUGAUCCUACCAUCCUCAUAACAGCAAAUGUACCAUGUGCAAAGAAACUGAUUGUUCAUGGUCCGAAUGAGAGUGAUAUUCCAACACAGCUCCCCAUCAGUGAGGACAUGCAGUUUGAGGAGAUCUUACAAGACUGUCUUGAAUUUUUCAACAUUCCUCCAGCCCAGCAUGGAUCUCAUUUCUUGGUGGAUAAGAAAACAAAUCAAAUGCUGGAUGUAAAGUCCUAUGUGAGAGACUUCUAUGCCUACAGACGAUCGCAGUGCCCUGAGCUCAUCCUGAAGAAAAUGGACAAGCAACUAGGCCUGGAGAAACUCCAACGACAGGCAUUUACGUUGAAAUUAUCAGAGCUUGGACGAGUUUACUUCUCAAUGACAACACUGCAGAGCACACCAAAGAACAAUAUGAAUAUCCAUGUUUCAUUUCUCCAUGAUGAACUGAUCAGACUGCCAUCCUUCCCAAGGAAGGCCUUAGAUGCAGAGUUCUUGCUUUAUUCUAUUCAACAGAUGGGCAGGGAACUUUUUGGUCUAGAUGUCCUUCACAAGUUCAUGUGGGUGAAGAUGACGAAGACUGUAUUCAAUCACAUGUCAUCCGACUUUCCAUGGAGUGGGGACAUCCAGCUCUUCCUCAACGUCAUCAAUGGCGCCCUCUUGCUUCACUGUGAAGACAUUUCCAUCCUUCGUCUUUGCCUGUCGACUUACAUCAACAUCUCUCGGCACUUCAAACACAUCUUUGCCACAAAGGGGUUCCAGUACAUAAUGCCAACGAUCCUUCGGAUUUACACUCAUCACCAAUCUAAUCCCCUGGUGUGCAGGAGUAUAGAGUACGUCUGCCGUCAGUUCUACAUCCUACACAUGAAACCAUUCAUCCUACAACUGUUUGGAAGUGCUGCUCCUAUCUUGAAAGUUGGCUCUGAGGAAGCACCGAAUCCUCUCAAGGCCUCAGCAAAGGCUCUGUUCAAGCUUCUUCUCUCAUUGGAAAAGGACAGCAAGGAUACUCUUGACCUUCUGGAGCUUGUUGAUGGUGACAAACCUCUCAAAACACUUGACUUCUGUUACAACAAUGACCCUCUGGCGACCUUUAACAUCCCAGAAGCCAUCAGGUUGUGUGUCGUCGUUGUCGCCUUUGCUCCGGAAUCUGUCCGAAGUGCCCAAAUGCUGGGUGUCCUGGAUGCUAUAGUACCUCUCUACCUUCAACACCUGAAGGACCAGACAAAGAGAAGAGACAACUCCAGCGCUGCCAAAACAGAGACCACCGCCAUCACCAACUUAGCGGUCACCAUCAAGGCUCUCGUCACUGGAGCUGAAACUCUGGCAAGGAGUACCAGUGGACCGAGCCGCAAGAUCGAUACGUCCAAUGUGGCCGCCAGUUUCAAGAGUUCUUCAAACUCCCAGCAGAGCUCUGUACGCAAGCAUAACUCUCGCAAGUCGGGCAUCAACAAUUCCAACAUCGAUCUAGGAGAUGAAGACAUGAGGGAAGACUUCAGGUUCAGGUACAAUGAUGAUCGCGUCCAGCGCCGUUAUGAGGACGAUUCUGAGGAAUCAGAAACCAUGAAUGAGUUCUGCAAGCCAAGGGACAUGCUACUCAGUGUGGUCUCCGAGUUCUACUGCCAUGGACUAGCCAGACUCAAGGAACUUAGACCUGUCGCCGAGUCCAGGACCCACAGCCAGACAGAGAUCCUAGACCAGAAAUGCCACAUGCGUAUUGCGGAGGUUGCCCUGACCCUACUAAAGGUUGCGCCGCAUGACCCUGUGACAAUGGGAUGCAAAGGCCUUCAAAGGUAUAUCACCAAGAUGAUACCGUUGACUGACUGGACCAAUCAAGAUCUGCGCCCUGCCCUGAUAACCCUCUUGAAGAGACUGGACAAACUCUUCCAGAAGAUCCAUAAGAAACCCACUCUCAUGCGCCACAUGGACUGGGAAUCGGCUGCUAACUUCUUGAAAGGUAUCUACAUCACACUAACUAGACAGAGCAUCAUUAGUCAUCUCCCUCAUCUAAAGUCCCUCCUCAACAUCUGCCUCGCUCUCCUGCUCUGCGAUGGAUCAGCUCCUGGAGGAGCUGAUGGUCUCCAGCUGCUCAACGUGGCCUCCUCGGGCGGGGUCCGCUUCACCCCUCCACCGGUCUUCUGCUCCUCCGUGGUUCGCCUCGUCGCCAUGCAAAUGCACUGCAUGAAGGACCUAUACACAUUGGAGCAGGUUUUUGGUGGUACACCCAUGUUCAACUCUGCAGAGCGAACGGAAACCAUACUACUCUACUUUGUUCUACCCUUAUGCUUGAGGGUUGGUUGUGGAAGAAUUGAUUCACCAAAGAUCAGACCAUCGGACAUCUCCUUUGCUCUGACCAUGAUCCUCAACGCCCUGUUGCCACCCCAGAAGCAAGCCAGGCCAUCCGGAGGGGGCAGUGGACUCCCAAAGCACAACUAUUCCUCUAUGACGGACCUUCCCAGCCAUACAAGCGCUUCUUACAGGGAUUCAACUGGAUGUGUGCCGGAGUCACUUUAUGAAGCUGGGUACCUGGGUCUGAAGAUUAUGUUGGUCUGUUUCCAGUCACAGUUAGCCAGAGAAUGGCAUCGCAUAGCAACCGUCGUCAAGGAACUUGGAUCACACAUGAUGGGUGGAGUAGCACUUUGGAGUUUCUUAGAUUUUCUAACUUCUGUCAAGACACCAUUGUAUGUCCUCCUGAAGCCUUUCAUUGCAUUCAAGAUGUUGCGCAUGAUCUGUGAGACCGACUCGGAGGUCAUGCUGCAGAGGUACAUAGGUCAAAAGUUGAGAGGUCAUCACUGCCAGUCGCCAAAGAGCAUGUCCGACAACAUGAUUGAGUUGUGUAAUGAGUUACGGCAUCUUAGAGACAACAUGUUUGUCCCCAGAGAUCAAGUACGUUUCACAGACGAGUUAGUUGCACUGGCCGGAGAAAGGGUGGAGAGCGUAGAAGGCAUGCAGGUCAUGUCACCAUUCCAGCAACGUAGCUCCAUCAUCUCACGACUAACUAGAAAAGCCACAAUCACCUCCCGGCGUAGCUCCAGCCGACAGAGCUCCCGUCGCUCAAGCCGUCGAAGCACAGGCAGCCCCCAGGAUCAGGCCGACCUCAACGCCAACAGCUCCACCGAACCCUCCCGCAUCGCUCGCUCCAACAGCCAGUACAAUCGCAGGAGCUUGCGUCACACGGAAGAAUGCAUCGCCGAGGCAGAUGCGGAGGCUGAGGCAGAGGACGUGGUCGACAAUGAAGAGUGCAAACUAGGGCGUGGCUUUACACGGAGGCAAAACACCAAACGAAUCAGCCGGAGCACCAGCCAGCGGAGGCAUCCAACACGGGGUCGCGACACGGCCCCAGCCCUGAAAGGCACGGUCAUACCGGGUGUAACGGAGAGUUCUCCAGUCACGGACGAUCCGAAGGUGACGACUGCAGAGGAAGGGGAAAAGAAGGAGAAUACACCGACGGCAGAGAAACAAGAAGACAAGGUGGAGCCUAAGGAGAAGAUGGAUACAAUUGUACAUAUCGGAGAUGCCUUGAUAGAAAAGUUUGAUCACGACGACGAGGAAACAAACGAGGAGAGCCGUCUGCUCCAAGACACGUCUUCCCCUCCCACCCUCAAAGCAACCCAGCACAAAUUUGUAGCUAUGGGACCGCAGACUGACACGGAGGAAGAGGAUGUUAGUAACGUUCAGGAAACGAUGAGACUUUUAGACCUUGCAAAGGAGCGUAAUCCGGUUAUUAAGGACAGAAGAGGCACAUCCUCGACUGAAGACACUCAUGUUUAAGAUUACCUGAUGGGCCAACAUCAUUUAGAUGCAGUGGGGCUACAGUGUUAGGAAUUCCUCCAUAGACCUACUAUUGCGUUUGAUAGCCAACAUGACUCUUUAAUGACUUGGACAUCAGUGUAAGGAAGAAUAUAGCCAUACUAUUAGAUUAUUAUGGUAGCAAACGUGACUUUCUAUGACUGGGACUGCAGUGUAAAGAAUUCCUCUACAGACCUGCUUUUCAACUAUUAUGGUUAGCUUACAUGAUAUUGUAUGUCUGGGACUGCAUAUGUUGUGAGUAGGAGGGGGUACAUUCAAGGAUAAAUGCUUUUCAUAACCAAAAUGUGUGGGGGGACAUAUAUCUGAAAUAUGAAUGAUUCAUUUGUUUGCUAGCUAAUUGGUAUUACUGUACAUACCAAUGGAUGUUUAUAUAAUUGUUUUCUUGUUUUUAUUAAAGCACAGGUAAGAGUUUUCUCAACCUGCCAUCCCAAAACCAACAAUUUUUAUAUAGCUUAAAGAAUGACAUAAGCUUCAAAAAAUGAUAUAUAGCUUGCCAAAAUUGAUUCACAAUAACCCACACAAUUACUUGAUUGACCUUAUAUAGAAAUUAAAUUAGAGCUUCAAAGAAUAAAGAGAAAACUAUUUUCAAAGUUCGGGGCUCACCCAAGCAUGAGAUUUGCCCACUAUUUGAUCUCGAUGAAACUCCAACCAGUGUUGUCAAAGAAACUCUUGUAUCUUGUCCUUUGUUUAACAGGCAUGUUUAAACUUUACAAAUUCAAAUUUUGACAUUAUGAAGAAAGAAUUGUUCAGAUUAGCCCAUUUUCAUUAAAAAAAACCCAAACUUUUUUUUGAAGAGAUGUUAAUUACUUGGCUUUAUUGUCUAAUGGUGUUUUAAAGAAUAUGAGAGCCUUAACUCAAAUAUAAAUAGACACAAAAUUUGUCUUGUUACAGGAAUUUCACAACUCUGAAUCAGAGCCACAUGGUUUUACAUGCUAUUAGUGCAUGUGUGGUGUAAACAUGAAGUGUUUAAAAGCAAUCAGAAACAUCACAACAGUAUCAAAAUAUACCUUCUUAAACUUUCUCUCUGUACAUUUAAAUGCAUGGUUUUAUCAGUUGAAGUACAUGCAGAUGUAUCAGUGUGCAUUGUGGGUAUACAUGUAUGUACAUCCAUCUAACAUAAUGUUUCGGGGUUUUCAAGCUUGUAUUUGAAAUUUCUCAUCAACAUACUGCUGUCAAUAAAUACAUGCAACUGUAUAUUUGUAGAGGCUCUACAUUGUUCUAAUUUAUGAAGCAUUAAUCCUUACCCAUUAUCAAAACUCAAUAAAUCAUACCUCCACAAAGCCCAUCGCCAUUUGACAAAAGCACUCAAUGAACAUUUUACCAUAUUAUGGUAUCAUAUCAAACAAUAUCAUAUUAAAUAUUUGUGUACAGUAGUGUAUUCACAGAGUUGUAAAUUGUUAUAUUUUCUGAAAUGCUCUGAACGUAACAAGAAGUAUCCAAAGCAAAGAUGCAUGUACAUUGAUAUUGUGAUGUUACAUGCACUGUACAAACAAUAUAUAUUGACAUGUAUCUACUAGGUGCUCAUAUAUAUCUAUUAUUAUAUCAUACCAUGUUCAUGUACAUUUCAAAUAUUAUACAUAUAUAUGAUCUCAAAUAUGUAUUCCUCACAUGCCAAACAAAAAACCACAAUGUAUUUAUUUAGACACUGUUGAGAUUAAGAGUAUAUGAUACAGUAUAUAUAUGUGACAAGAAUUUGUGAAUAAUACUGAUAGAAUUAUGAAAAAAUACAAUUCGUGUACAUGUAUAUCUAUAGUAUUCUAUUGUACUUUAUGACUUGCACAAAACUAUCAUUGUCGUGUGAUUUAAUGUUGAUCUUGUGUAAUAUUAAUGUGAUGUGCUAUGUUGUAUGCACAUUUACAUGUAUAUGGAUAAUGAGUACGAGUGUUUGCUACAAUACAUGUAUGUUAAAAAAAAAUGACAUGCUUCUGUUUUUAGACAAAAGCUUGAUUACACAUAGACCUUCUUUUGACUUUGAACGGAGGAUAUGUAUCGACUCAGCAUUAAUUUAUUUUACCUUGGAUUUAACAACUUUUUUAUCCAGUUGACCUUUGUGAAGACACAGUAUUUAUUUGAUAUUUAUUUGUUAAAUAUCAAUUUUACUUUUUUUAUGUUAUUACAAGACAGGGAAUUGUCCUUGGAUUGAACAACUUUUUUAUCCAGUUGACCUUUGUGAA